ACCGUAUGCCCCCUCUUGUUUUGAAGAGUUUAACCAUAUCUGGACACUAGACCUUAUCUGCACUUCUAACUGCUCUCACACUAUCUUCUCCGACCACUCUACUUCCCUCUCUGUCUCUAUCAGAGAUGGGGGCUGCCUUCAAGAGGUUCUGUGCUCGGUUCUGUUGCUGCUGCUGCUGUAGCGAUGAUGAAAGUGAGGAGGAGAAGGAGCCUUUAAUCAGUCCUGACACUUUGGAGUACUUUGACCGCGAGGCGAAGAAGCGAAGGGAACAGGAACAGAACCUAUGGAGUGAGCCAGGCGACCCGAGCCACUCAGAGAGAGACGAUGACCGGAUCCUGUACAACCUCAUCCAGAACAGGAACCAGACCCGCAGGGGCUCGCUGGCGCACCGGCGUCUGAGUGUGGACAUUGAGGGUAUGAGAGAUCUGCGUCGGGAGGUCAGGGACAAGUGGAAGAUGAUCCUGGAGAAUUUAGGUGAGAGAGAACACUGGUGA